AUGUCUAAUCAUGGUCGGAAUCAAUCUUCCAGUAUACCUCUGAGUUACGCAGUCCCGCCGCCUACUGAACUGGACCAAAAGAAUCCGGUGCUCAAAGAUGACGGACGUCUUGACGUUGACCUCAACUCUUCGGUCGUCAAAUACCUAUCGUACGUUCGACGAAAGUCAAAGCCUGCUCUCGAAGAGUUUCAGGACCGACCCAUAUCCUCAUUACCCCCAUACUCGCCCUACCAACAAGCCGAAACGACCAAAUUCCCCGUCAGACUCAACAUCGUUAUCCAAGUCGUCGGCAGUCGUGGCGACGUGCAACCGUUUAUUGCUCUGGGCAAUGAACUUCAAAAGCAUGGGCAUCGCGUACGGCUAGCCACCCACGAUGUAUUCGCUGCAUUUGUGCGUGAAUCCGGGCUCGAAUUCUUUCCCAUCGGCGGUGAUCCGGCCGAACUAAUGGCAUACAUGGUGCGGAAUCCGGCAUUGAUUCCCAGCAUGAAGAGCCUUCGGGCCGGCGACAUCCAAAAGAAACGAAAAAUGAUGGAGGAAAUGUUGAACGGCUGUUGGUUGUCGUGUAUCGAGCCGGACCCGAUUUCCUCGGUUCCUUUUGUGGCGGACGCCAUUAUUGCCAACCCCCCAAGCUUCGCCCACAUUCAUUGUGCACAAGCAUUGAGCAUUCCAGUUCACCUCAUGUUCACGAUGCCCUGGUCGACCACGCGAGCCUUUCCGCAUCCAUUGGCCAAUCUAAAGAAUGCCUCCACUUCCGGCGCGGAGCCUCGGACGGCCAAUGCGCUUUCAUAUUCUGUGGUAGAAUUCCUAACAUGGCAAGGCCUUGGGGAUGUUAUCAACGAAUGGAGAGACAAGUUGGAUCUGGAGCCAAUAGCAUUCUCAGAUGGACCUAACCUGGCAGAGACACUAAAGAUUCCAUUCACGUAUUGUUGGUCUCCUGCCUUGGUCCCAAAACCAAGCGAUUGGGGUCCGCAUAUUGAUAUAGAUGUGUGCGGCUUUUUCUUUCGCGAGCCUCCCAGCUACUCCCCGCCACCGGAACUAGUCGAAUUCAUUCAAGGCGGACCUCCACCGAUAUAUAUUGGCUUCGGGAGCAUCGUACUUGAUGAUCCUGAGGGUAUGACUAGCCGAAUCCUCGAGGCAAUCCAACGAUGCGGUGUCCGAGCCUUGAUCUCCAGAGGCUGGAGUAAUCUCGGUGGGGCGGCAACAGAAAAUGUCAUGUACCUGGGAGACUGCCCUCACGAAUGGUUAUUUCAGCAUGUAGCUGCUGUCAUUCACCAUGGUGGAGCAGGUACAACAGCAUGUGGUCUCUUGAAUGGACGACCAACGACCAUUGUGCCGUUCUUUGGAGAUCAGCCUUUUUGGGGUGAGAUGGUUGCCGCCGCCGGGGCUGGACCAAAGCCCAUUCCCCAAAAGUUCCUCACGGUAGAUAACCUUGAAGCAGCAAUUAGGCUUUGCCUAUCAACAGAAGCACAGACCGCAGCACAAGGGAUAGCGAGGAGGAUGCGAAGCGAGUCGGGAGUCAAGGCGGCAGUGGCUUCCUUUCAUGCCAACCUGCCCGAACGUACACUCGAGUGCGAUAUUAUCAAAGGCCACGCUGCAGCGUGGUCUUACCGAAAGUCAGGCAGGACGUUCAGGUUAUCCAAGGUUGCUGCAGAGAUUUUAGCAAGCCACUUGCACAUCGACCAUAAACGAUUGAAAAUAAACGAGAUUCGUCCAAUUAUAAUCGAGUCCCGCAGAUGGGAUCCCGUUACUGGAACAGUAUCGGCGGCGAUUAGUACCAGUCGAGAUAUCAUGGCCGCAGCCGCAGAUGUUGUGGUGAAACCAGCCAAGGUCUUCAAAGACCGCUCAAAGGAUUCAUCUCAAUCUGUAGAAGAACAAUUGCCGCAUCAAGAAAGAGAGGGCAUCAGGUACAGUCGAGAUGGUCCACCAAGUACUGCUGAUCAUGCGAAGGAAGGCAAGGCACGAGACUGUAUGAGUACCACAAAGCAGAUGACUGCCGCAUCAGCAUCGGCUGCUGUGGACUUGUUCAAGUCUUAUUCGGGAAGUCUUGUCGCCAUUCCGUAUGCUUUCACGGAAGGUUGCCGAAAUAUUCCUAGGCUUUGGGGUGAGGAUGUGCGCGACAUUGGCACGAUCCGGGAUUGGAAAUCGGGAACCGCCGCCGGCGCCAAAAUCUUGGUUUACGGGAUCGUCGAUGGCGUUGCAGGAAUCUUUGUGCUACCAUACAGAGGUGCCCAGCAAGAAGGGGCCAUCGGUGGGCUGAAGGGUGUUGCCAAAGGCCUUGGCGGACUUUCCAGCAAAUUGUUCACAGCAAGCAUUGGGAUAGGGGCAUACCCACUGCAGGGUAUAUACAAGAGUCUGUGGGCGCUGGCCAAGCCCGGCACUCGGCAUUCUAUUGUCCUUGCACGGCGCAUCGAAGGCACAUAUCUUGCCUUUCAAGCACGGCAAGCUGGACUGGAAGAUCAAACCGUGAUGCGAGACUUUGGUUCUCUUACUAGGAAAAAGUGA